AUGGGAAAGUUCAACGCAAACAGUCUUUCCUACUCGCAAAAUCUGCCGGCAUUUCUGGCCAAACUGCAGGGCCAGUACAAAGACGACCGCAACGGCCAACGAGCCGACCCAAUUCUUGCCACUCAGCGUCGUGCUGCCAAGAAGCGCUCGGCUAGCGAAGAAGCAGAGGAUGCGCCCCUCAUAUUAGACGACAAUGGCAAUGUUAUGGCAGGCGUGACGGUUGACACAGACGGUAUUGCGACUAUGGACAACAAGGACAAACAUGACGAAGCGGGGACGACAAAGAGAUACGAAAAGACCAGUACUUCCGUGGAUGGCGUUGUUGGUAUUGGUGCCGGAAAAAAGAAAAGGCUUGGACGGGUCAUUGGUGGCGAAAGCGACGGUGAUAGUGACAACAGUAAUAGCACCGACCGUCGGAAACGGAAGCGGCGCUUUCGUGACAACGAUGACAAAAGCGAUGAUGGAAAGGCCCGCGCCAAGGUGUCGGAAGACGGAGGUGCCAUGAAGAAGGCAACCUCGCAGGGAAGCGAAAGGGAUAAUGUCAAGAAGAAGAAAAAGGCAAGGAAGAUCCAGCUGAGCUUCGAGGAUGAAGACGAGGGUUGA